AUGACAUUCAAUUUAAGCGCCAUGAUUGUCGUGCGAAACUUCAAACAUUGACGUUUAAAUGACAGCUUGUUGACAUUUUGAAAAAAUGUGUAGCAAAAUAAUAAAUUUAACUCAAUUGAGUGCUAGUUUUAGUAGAUUGUCAGUUACACAGUUGCCUAAUAUUUAUAAAAAUAGUAUUCCAGCCGCGUCAAAUAGUCGAAUAAUAUCUCGAAAUAUAUCAUCAACGCCCGCGAAAUGCGGUAUUAUGGAAUUUUUCGAUGAUGAAAAGAAUUGGGGUGCUAACGAGGUCCGCAGUGGGCGCUCGUGGAAGAAAGAGGAGCUUCGAUUAAAAUCCAAUUCUGAUCUACACAAACUCUGGUUUGUUUUAUUGAAGGAGCGUAAUAUGUUGCUUACUAUGGAACAGAACGCUAAAGAUGAAAUGAAGUUAUUUCCAAGUCCAGAACGACUGGAUAAAGUAGAAGAUUCUAUGGACAAUUUAGAAGCCAUAGUAAGAGAACGUAAUGUGGCUUAUCAUCAGUUGGAGACUGGUGAGACAGGUGAAAGACCAGGCAAAGUGCGAACCGGACCCUUUGGCAUUAAAUAUUAUCAUAAAAUGUGUCAGUAUUUAAUUCCAAAACAUAUGAACAGGAAGUAUCGUGAAAAAUACCCAGAAUUUAUUCCUGAUAAAGAUGUUGAAGAUUUCCUUUUAAAAUAUAGAGAAAAACUUUACUUGACUAAAAGAAAACAGAAAACGCGCGACUUUAAUCAUGUUGUUGGGUUAUUGAGACGAUUUCCGAACAUCGAUAUGGCGGCACUUAAAGAACAAUACCCAGAUGUUGAUAUUGAAAAAGCGAAAGCCAGUAGGAAAUGUAGAGGGCAUUUUGUUCCUACAUAAUUGAAAAAAUUACUGAAAACUUGUACAAAAGUAAAUAAACACAAUAUAGUUUCUUUGA